UGGAUCGAUUCGGUUCUGGAUCAAUUCGGAGCGGAACCGCUUGGGAUCGCGGAUCGAUUCGGGUGUAGAACCCACCCCGCGCAGUGCAGCGAUUGCCAUGCGGGACGGAUCGCGACGUGGGAGCCAUCGCGGUGCCAUUCCCACUCCCGACGUGCGACGAAACCUCUUUGGGUGCGAAACCACUUUGGGUGCGAAAGGGAUUCGGGAGCCGUCGGACACCUCCGGUGCGGUGCGUGGGGGCUCCUCGUGCCCCACGUGGGGGGUUCCUCUCCCCCCGGUGCGUUCCCGAAUGGAAAAGCCGUGACUCAGGAAUGUGUCAUCGCCGCAGCGCCGCACUAUAAAGGAGCGGUGGGAGCCACGCGGGGACACACGGACACACGGACACACGGACACGCUCCCACGCGAGUCCCUUCCACCGGCCCUGAGCGCCUCCUCCCGACGGGAAAGGGGGGGGAAAGGGGAACGGCGUGGGAGGGAGAACGGGAGCGUGUCCGUCCGUCCGUCCGUCCGUCCGUCCGUCCGUCUGUCUGGCCGGGAGCGCGGAGGGGUGGCUGUGAGUGCGGGAGUGUCACGCGAGCGGGAGCCGCAGCGCAUCCAUCCCGGACACGGCGGAAGGCGUCGGUCGCGUCCGUGGGAAUCACCGUAACGGCGGCACUCGGACGACGGUGCCGUGGGAGCGUCUCCGUGACCUUCCGAGGGGUUCGCUGAGCCCGUGGGGGGGCGGGGGGACACCCCCAAAACCACACCACACACCCCCCCUCUUCCUCUCCCCAUUAUGACCGGGUCGCUGUGGCGGGCGCUGCUGGCGCUGCUGGGGCUGUGGCCGGGGCUGUGGCCGGGGCCGUGCCCGGGUCUGGGGGCGCCCCCACCCCCCCGCCUGCGCCCCCCGGACCCCCGCGUGGACCUGGACAGCAUCGUCAGCCUGGCCAAGGCGCUGCUCAGCGACACCAAAGCCUUCCUCGCCCUCCUCAAGUCACGAUUCCCAGCCGAGGGGGAGCACAAGCUGGAAUCCCUUCCCGUCCUCUCCAUGAGCGCCCUGGAGCUCGCCAACAUCCAGGCGGCGGCGGCGCUGGGCCGGCUGAGCUCGGACCUGCAGCGGUACCGGGCGCUGCUGGAGUGGCUGCGCCGGGGCGGAGCGGCGCUGCGGCCGCUGGAACCGGAACUGGCGGCGCUCCAGGCGCGGCUCGAGAGGCUCGUGAGGCGCCUCGACCACCUGCUCUCCCGGUUGGCUCUCCCUCGCCCCGCUGCUCCCCCUCCGCCGCCGCCGCCGCCGCCGUCGCCGUGGGCCGCGGUGCAGGCCGCGCACGCCAUCUUCCAGGGCCUCCACCUCCACCUGGACUGGGCCUCGCGGGCCCUCGUCCUCCUGCGCAACAAACUGUGACCUCGCCCUUAACUUAUUCUUAUUUAUUACCCCCCCCUGGAUUUUAUUAUUAUUAAUUAUUAUUAUUAUUAUUAUUAUUAAUAUUAUGAAGUCCCUCUCCCGCCCAUUGUUGGGCCUUUUCCCCCCUUCCUCCUCCCUCGACGUAAUUUAUUGACUCGGGCCCCGGCUCGGCCCCUUUUUUAUGGGUUUUUUCUAUUUUAAUAAGAGGAAAUAAAAGAGGAAAAAAAAUGAGGGGAAAAAAAAAAGAGCGGAAAAGAAGA